CUUUAAACGUGCUUUGUCCGCCGGCUCUCUGUUCCCGAGCCGCGCUGCCCACUUUCAAGGAUUCCCUCUUAAAGGGCUUUCCUGAUGGGCCCGAGCUCCCUGGGGCCCAUAGUCAUCGCAUUAAGCCAAAGGAAAGGCUCAGCAAAGACGUCUUGAAUAAACGACCGAGUAAGUGGAAAUUGUCCAAAUGCCUCUGAAACCCGCUGUACGCUGGAUUUGAGCCCAAAGUGGAAGAAGUGAUCAGCUGCAGACAGUUCAGCAGCCACAAAUCUGGUAGUGCAGCUGCAGCCCCUUGGAAGGUCAGAUUCACCUGCGUUCCUAAAGUGUCCUGUUUGCAACCUUAAUCUUGCAUCCCUUAGUCCACAUCCCAGCCAAGUGGUCACCCACAGAGGGCUCAACCUGGACAUGGCCGAGAAACGGCACGGAGCCUGGUUCGGCUUUGGUUUCUGUGGCUUUGGGCAAGCACUGGGUUCUGGGAACAGCCACCAUUCAGUGCACAGUCCGGAACCUCUGCGUGCCAGUGAUGAUAUUUGCCAAGUGAGCGCAAGCUGGAGCUAUACUGCCUUGGUGACCCGUGGAGGCCGGGUGGAACUGUCAGGUUCUGUGAGCGGUGCAGCAGACGGCUGCAGGGAUGUGUGGGCUUCCGAGGGACUCCUGGUGCUGUUGCGCAACAAGGGCGGCUCCAGCACGGAACUACAGGCUUGGGAACCAGGUUCUGCGCUACAGGGGGAGCCCCUCUGGGUUCGGAACUUGGUUUCUGGGGCAAAGGGCCAAGGGGAAGAUGAACCCGGCAGGGAGUCUAUGAUGGGGACCCUGCCGUUGCUGCCCUGUGCCCGUGCCUAUGUGACCCCAGAGCCACCCUUCUGCCAGCCUCUGGCCCCAGAGCUGCGGGUCCACCAGCUGGAGCUGGGUGCUGAGCAUGCGCUGCUGCUGUGCGCAGCUGGCCAGGUGUUCUCCUGGGGCGGGGGCAGGCAUGGACAGCUGGGCCACGGGACGCUGGAGGCAGAACCGGAGCCAAGACUGUUGGAGGCACUGCAGGGCCUGCGGAUGGCUAAGGUGGCUGCAGGUGGCUGGCACUCUGUGUGUGUGAGUGAAACGGGGGAUAUUUAUAUCUGGGGCUGGAAUGAGUCAGGGCAGCUGGCCCUGCCCACAAGGAGCGGGACAGAGAAGAAAACAGAGAGAGAGGAAGCCACAGAAUUGAAUGAAGAUGGUCUCAAAGAGGAAGCAGCUGUGGCUGAUGUUGGAGCUCCUGCCCACUUCAUAGCCAUCCAGCCCUUCCCUGCUCUCCUGGAUCUUCCCCUGGGCUCAGAUGCAGUCAUGGCCAGCUGCGGAUCCCGACACACAGCUGUGGUGACACGAACAGGAGAACUCUAUACCUGGGGCUGGGGUAAAUAUGGACAGCUUGGCCACAAGGACAGCACCAGCUUGGAUCGACCCUGCUGUGUGGAAUACUUUGCAGAAAGACAACUUGAAGUAAGGGCUGUCACAUGUGGACCCUGGAAUACCUACGUCUAUGCAAUGGAGAGAGAGAAAAGCUGAAUUAUAUCUUAGUGGAGCCCCACUUACGUGCCUGGGUGAGAAUGAACUCUCACUUCAACAUGCUGUCCCAGGUGCAUGGGAACAUAAAUUAUAAGUGCUGGGAUUAAAGGCGCAUGACUUAAGAAUAAGACAUAAAUAUUUCUGGAGUAGUGCCAGGCCUUCCACGUGCACCAACAGCUUAGCUAUGCCUGGCCCAGAGGCUUUAAUAGCUACAAAAUGAGAAAAUAACUCCCAAAUGAGAAAAAAAGAACAAAUCCAAACUAUU